AUGGCGGACUUGAAGGUUCCCGUCAGGCCAGGAGACGUCCUUUUAGGCGGACGUGCAAUACCGGACGUUGAGCAUGCCGACGAUUGUGCAAUGUGGUCUACCAGCCGGGCCUCCAUGCAGGAUCAUGUCGACUACUUCGCCCGGUGGUGUGCUCGGAAAGGUCUCAAGCCGAACGUCUCGAAGACGAAGGCAAUGUGCUUCGGCCCUCUUCCUACCAUAUCGCUCGCCCACCAACCUUUUACGCUGAAUGGAGAAGACAUCGAGUGGGUCUCGAAAUACAAAUACACUGGGGUGACGAUCACGAGUGUGGAGGCCGAUGUCUUUGCUUGCCACUACCGGGAGAAGGCCACUAGCGCUCAACGCAUCGCAAACGUGACGUUCGCGAUAGAGUCGAUGAUCGGAGUGUUGCCGCCCAGGGACGCCCGCAUAUUGUAUCUGGCCCGCAUCGACGCAUACCUCACCUCUGGAUGUGAUGUUGCCAUAGACGUCCAUGCCCUCCAUCUCUGGGAGUUGGAGAAGAUUCAAAUCCGGUUUAUUCGAAGACUCCUCCGCCUGCGGCGCAGGAGUAUGUACCAUGUCUUGUACUCCGAAACAGGCUUGAUGCCUAUACGAUAUCGUCGACUAAUACUCGCCCUGCGUUUCCUCGCAUACCUCAUAUCCCUUCCUGCCCACCAUUAUGCUCGAUGCGCGUUUGAAGACUCCCUUGACCUCGCGCGGAAUGCGAAAUCCGGCUGGGUGGGGGAUCUUCUUAAUGCUCUGCACGACCUCGAUCCCAACGCGGAUGCAUUGGUAUUGGACAUUCACUGUGAGAUCACAGCGGACACAGUCGGAGAUCUCAUCAAGGCAGUGGAGGAGUCCUGCGAUGCUUGGGUCCGCUCUGUGCUGGACACCUCUCCGAAAACCUGGCUCCUGAAGGAUCGUGUCGAGUGGCGCAAGGGCGGCUCAACGGACAAACGCGCGGUGCUCUUCAGGCAUUACUUGCGCAUCCAUAUACCCUCACACAGAUCGGCCUUUACCAACCUUGUAUUAUCCAAUCAUUCCCUCGCGGUGGAGAUGUUGCGGUGGCAGUCGAGAGCGCGGCCGUACGCCGUGCCCAGGGAGUGGCGAUUGUGCCGCUUCUGCGUUCUGGAGCAUAUCUAUGCUGUCGAGGACGAGACUCACGCUAUUCUGCAAUGU